GACUUCAUUUCCCAUAGGGCCUUGCUAAAGAGGUAAAUAAGUUUGCGUCCAAGGUACAACUAGUUUCCCCUGCAAAGAAACACCUACUGAUUGAGUAAUACCUGUGAAGGUGGCUCUUCAGAGAGACGUCUUGCUUCGUGUGGAGGUCGUGUUUAUUUGAAGAGGAGUUGGACGGUUCUUCUCUCGGGGCUACCAAACUAGCUCGCUUUUUUCCAGAAGCAUGGCAGAGCCACAGAAGAAAGGAGACAUGCUACCUGAGGAUGUUGGCACAGAUGACUGUCUGACUUCGUACACACACAUCUACAGUCCAGAUUUACUCAAAGAUCAGGUGGCUUUUAUCACAGGUGGUGGAUCUGGAAUUGGACUGAGGAUAGCAGAGAUCUUCAUGAGACAUGGCUGUGACACAGUGAUUGCAAGCAGGAACUUGGACAAGCUCAAAGAGGCAGCUAAAAAACUGUCUGCAGCAUCUGGACGCCGCUGCCUCCCCCUGUGUAUAGAUGUGAGGCAGCCUGAGAGCAUCGCAGCUGCUGUGGAUGAGACCCUGAAAGAGUUGGGCCGCAUUGACAUCCUCAUAAACAAUGCUGCUGGAAACUUCCUCUGCCCGGCUACGUCACUCUCCUUCAAUGCCUUCAAGACAGUGUUGGAGAUAGACACUAUGGGCACAUUCAACACCAGCAAGGUGGUUUAUGAGAAGUGGCUGCAGGAUCACGGUGGCAGCAUCGUGAACAUCUCUGCAACACUUGGAUACAGGGGACAGGCCCUCCAGGUGCAUGCUGGCUCUGCUAAGGCUGCAAAUGAUGCCAUGACCAAGCACCUGGCAGUGGAGUGGGGCCCCAGUGGGGUGAGAGUCAAUACUGUGGCUCCAGGUCCCGUCUCUGGCACAGAGGGCUUCCGCAGACUGGGUGGUCCCAGAGGCGAGGCUGCAGGUGCCUUUCAGUCCAUUCCUCUGCAGCGAGCGGGCAACAAGACAGAGAUGGCCCACUGUGCUCUCUUCCUGGCCAGCCGGGCCUCCUCCUACGUGACGGGAGCCAUCAUGGUCGCUGACGGUGGAGCGUGGCUGACCUCCGUUAACGACGUCUCCAUGCUGCUGGGUAUAGCCUCUAAAUCUGCUAAACUCUGAACAGGGGAAGCUCUGUCCUCCUCCUGACCCAGGUUAUUGGUCAUCUGAAAAGAAAAGAGACAAGUGAAUGCUGGAUAAAAGAGUCAUUUCAGUGCCAUCUGUAGGACAUGUACAGUAUUUUCCGUAAGAGUGAAUAGAGUUGAACACUAACAUACUAACUACUCUGUUUUAUAAUCUUAGUAGACUUAAUUAUGUAACAAUUCAGGGAUUUUCACCCAGUACAACGCUGUGCAUCGUCAUCAUGCAUUUCAUGUUUAAUGUGAUUUUUGUAAUACCUCUCAUUUAUAAAUAAAACAUCCAUAAUUCAAAUUAAA